AUGGACAUAUUACUAAAAUUUCUACAGAUUGCAGUGUUGGCCGGGGUAUUCAUCCCACCUUCGGCUUGCAAAAAGGACAGCAACGAAACCAACAUGAUUGUGGGAGGUUUCAAGGUGAAUAUCGAAGACGUUCCAUACCAAGUGGGUCUGUUUGACGGAAAGGACUUAAUUUGCGGAGGAACCAUUAUCGGACCACAAUGGAUUUUAACAUCGCAUCAUUGCGUCGAUAAGCUCGAUCCAGCACAGUACAGUGUCGUUGUCGGUACCGAAGAACCAUAUAAUGGCACGAAGCUAAAGGCGAAGAAUGUGAUAGUGCCAAAUGUGCCAUUUUACGAUAUAGCGCUGGUGUUACUGGAGCAACCAUUAACAUUUAGCACAAAUGUGCAGUGCCUUAAGCUAUUACCGUCAGCCGAUUUGCUUGUGCCCGGCAAACCGGCGUACGUAUCAGGAUAUGGUGCAUCCAAAGAAGGAGGCUUUUCUAAUCCGUUGAAGGCGGCUACAAUCAACCUGUUGCCAGCGAGUAGCUGCCUGGAUGCUUACAAAAAUAUAAUGAAGGAGUAUACGAUUUGUGCCGGGUUUGAGCAGGGUAUGGUGGACAGUUGCCAGGGUGAUUCGGGCGGACCGCUCGUGGUUGAUGGGGAGCUUGCCGGUGUUGUUUACUAUGGAAAGGGUUGCGCAAGGCCCAAAACACCCGGUUUGUACAUGUCAGUACCGUUUUUCCGCAGCUGGAUAGUUACCGUUGUCCAUGAACAACCGAUUCCUGCCGAACGGACACUUUGUGGAGAAAAGCAGGACGACGUCUGUGUGUGUAGAAUAAAUAUCAAUUAG